UUCCCUGCCUGUAGUCGGGUCCUGUGCAGCAGCCCGUGCGAAGCUGUCCUGGAGACCCCGCGCUGCCUGCACCUCUAUCGUCUCGGUUGUCAUGGAUGAUGAAGACGGCAGGUGCCUUCUCGAUGUGAUUUGUGACCCAGAAGCUCUCAAUGACUUUCUUCAUGGAUCUGAGACCCAUUUGGACACUGACGACCUUUUGGAUGGUUCGGGUGAUCCCACCAGCUCGUUCUUCUCUGCCGCCGAAGGCCAUGUUCCAGAGGUCCAGCCUACAGUCCAGCUCUCGGCCAAUGAGGCGGCAGGUCUGCCAAGAGUCAGUGUUGACCUGGACUUCUUGGAGGAUGAUGACAUCCUGGUCGGCUCCCCCGACGGGGAAGGCGGGAGCAAUGGCAUCGGGACGAACCACGAGCCCUGCGACAUCCUGCAACAGAGCUUGGCCGAGGCUAACAUCACCGAGCAGAGUUUACAAGAAGCCAAUGCAGAGCUGGACCUGGAAUCUUUUGAGAUUCCAGGACUUCCGCAGGUUGUUCAGACACUACCCGAAGGCAGCCUCUCUGGGGCUGCGAGUGCGGCGGUCGGUGUAGGUAUAAGCGUCGGGGGGACAGCGGCGAUCUUUCCAGGGUCGGCCCAAAGCGCUACCGGUACUCCACCGAAUGCAACCGCAGACAUGUUGGGCUCUGUUCUGGCUCAACAAGGCCUUCAGCUUCAACCACAAGUCAUGAAUAAGGCCAUCAGUGUUCAACCGUUCAUGCAGCCUGUGGGCCUUGGGAACGUGACACUUCAACCAAUUUCAAGUCUUCAAACGCUCCCCAACGGAAGCCAGUCUGGACAUUUGGGGAUCGGACAGAUUCAGGUUGUGGGACAACCCACGGUCAUGACGAUCAAUCAGUCGGGGCAGCCCAUCCUGGCCAAAGCCAUGGGUGGCUACCAGCUGCAUCAGUCUGCGCCGGAGGUCUCUGGGGCGACUACUCAGACAGGGCUCAGUGCGCCAGGAGGUGGACUUCUCAUCCAAAGCAACAAAACCACUUUGGGAUCUCCAGCUUUAAAUGGACCAGCCACAGUUGUUAGCAGUACAAAUAGCACCAGUGGCGGCACCAUGACCGCUCCUGCUGGACUUUUGGGCUUCGGAAGCACGCCCUUGAGUUCAGGAAUGGCAUCCCAGACUCAAACUCAAGGCCAAAUUAUGCACAACGUGAUUAUCCAGCGCACACCAACACCCAUUCAGCCUAAACCUCCUCAGGGAGGCACUCUCCAAACAAAACUCUUCAAGCCGCAGCAACAGCAACCCCAGACGGUACCGUCGAACCUGCAAAACGAUGCCACCAAGGCUCUCGGGCUGCAGCAAAUUCCCGUUUCUGCUGCUCAGAAUGUAACUUUCCUUACGGGAAAACCAGGAUCUAACGUUGUACUUGGCACUCAAGCCACCCCGCAAGGUUCGCAGUUCCAGCAAACGCUCUUCAAGCAACAAGCGGCACAAGCAGCGGGGAAGCCGCUCAGCGUGCACUUGUUAAACCAAUCAGGCAGCAUCGUGAUUCCCUCUCAGACGGUUCUGCAAGGGCAGAAUCACCAGUUCCUCCUUCCGCAGUUGCAAGCAGGUGGUCAAAUCCUUACCCAACACCCCGGGGGUCACAUCAUAACCAGCCAGGGCCCUGGUGGGCAGCUCAUUGCCAACCAGAUUUUAACGGCGAACCAGAACAUCAACUUGGGUCAGGUGCUGACCUCCCAGGGACAUCCCGGAGCUGCCCACAUUCUGUCAGGACCCAUUCAACUCCAGCCUGGCCAGAUGGGCGCGCCAACCCUGUUCCAGAUGCCGGUCACAUUGCCUCAGACGCAGAACCAGGCGCAGACCCAUACUGUCUCGGGGCACGGUCCCACAGUCAUCCAAGGCAUGCCCAUCCAGAACUCCUUGACAAUGCUCGGUCAGGUUGAUGGCUUGAGCCCAGCGGUCAGCCUUCAGACUGCUCUGCAAGCUCAGCCAGGUGGCGUCCCCAGCAGCAGCAGUAGUAGUAUUAACAAUUGCAGUAGUAGCAGCAGCACCGGUGCGACCACAAUGGCGGCCACAAUGGCCCAAGGGCAGCCUGGAGAGUGUGUCACUGUACUGGGGACCUCCACUGACCAGGCUGCCCAGCAGGCCUCAAUGAUCGCCAUGCAGCAACCUACCGCCGCGGUCACAGUCGCGUCCUCAUCAGCUCCGUCCAUCCCCACCUCUUCGUCGCUAACCGCCGUCGGCUUGGUUCCUCAGCAGGCUCAGCACAGUCCAGGAAGACUUCUGUUUACCAACCAGGGUUCCAGCAUGAUCCUGAGCCAGGAGUCUCUACAGAUGUUCCUGCAGCAGCCAGAGAACAGAGAGAGUGAUUUCACCCCCUCUGUGGGCGUCCCGGCGUCCGUAAUCGUCAACAGCGCCAGUGUCACCUCUCCGGCCCAAUUAAGUGACUCGUUGGUGGGUCAGAGCCCCCCAGUGGUCAAGCAGGUACCCUCCAGUGGGCACCAGCAGCCGUUGAAAAUUCAAGGCAUGUCCCCCUCGCCAGCCCUGACCAGUCACGCCACGGCGCCCCCUGUGUCCGACAGCCCCAAGCCCUCGCAGUCGCCGCUGACUCUGAGCCAGCAAAUCCAGUCUCCACACCAACAGCAGUCACGUCCUCCCUCGCAGCCCCAGCCGCCAUCGCAAACUCCUUCCCGCUCUUGCACGCCGUCAUCCCACCCGCCGCCUCUCUUUAUCGUCCACAACCAAGUCACCGAGUCCCCCUCACAGCCCCAAGUGGCGCAACCGCAGUCAACUCCAAUCCAAGUACAACUCCUGUCCCAACCGCGGCCCUCCUCUCAACCGGCACCCUACCAACAGCAGGAUCAGCCCCCCGUGUCCCGGUCGCCCAAGCCCUCGCUCACGCACUCGUUCGCCGCCGCCACGCCGGUUCCCGCUGUGUUAAAAGCACAGGGGCCCAUCCACAGCCUGACUGCGGAUCAGCAGCAGCACUUGGCGCUGUUGGGUUCGCAAAUCCAGACGCUGUCGGCCAUCAGUCAGCCCUCGUUGCAGCAGAAGCAGCUGCUGGAAAAGCUCCACCAGAUCCAGCAAAGCAUCCUGCUGCAGGUCAAGCAGCCCACUCAAGCUCAGGCUCAAGUGCAGGCGCAAGCUCAGGCACAAGCUCAAGCUCUGCCUCCCUCAAACAACCAGUUUAGCGUGCAGCAAGACGUGCCUGUCGACAAAGUGGCAAUCACCUCAUCGGUCAGCGCCACGACACCCGCUCAGCUGACCUCCGCGCUGCAGCCCACCCCCAUGCUCAUUACAAGUACCGCUACAGCCUCAAGUGACUUACAGGUCGUCUCAGGAGUCCAGGGACCAGCUGGAGCCACGGUGAAUAAGACCAUCGCUCCUGUGAGCCUUACACAGCCUGCACAGCCAAAGCCUGGAGUGAUCAGUUCAGUUGGAGGGAUUACUUUGGGUAAAGGUGGCAUGCAGAUCCACGUGUUGGGCGCCAAUGUCACCCAAAUGCCUGCUCCACAGCACCCCGCUCCUCUACAACCUCAGACAACAGUGAAGAUGCCUUUCAGUGCAGAGCCCAGUAAAGAAGCCAGGUUCCUGGAGCAGCUGAGGAAACAUCAAGGCUCGGUUCUCCACCCCAACUACAGCGCUCCUUUCUACUCGUUUGAGGACACGUUGCACCGAUUACUGCCUUACCAUCUCUACCAGGGAACUGCCAACUCGUCUCAAGAUUAUCAGAAAGUGGAUGACGAAUUUGAGAGCGUCUCCUGCCAGCUGCUGAAGAGAACGCAAGCCAUGCUUGAUAAAUAUCGAUACCUCCUCUUUUCCGAAUCAAAGCAGAGACUUGGCCCCUCGGCAGAGAUGGUGAUGAUCGAUCGCAUGUUCAUCCAGGAGGAAAAGCUCGCGUUAAGUCAGGACAGGAUUUUGGCCAAGGAGAGACCAGAGGAAUUUGUCGCCAACGCUCGUCAACUGGAGAGUUUGGCUUCUUCCCAUCAGAAGUCUCCUCUGCCUCAGCUCACCGCCAGUAUCAGCGUCGCCCCAGCCCCCGCCACGGCUCCACCACCACCGCCGGAACCCGCGCCUCCCGUUCCGGCGGUUCCGUCGCACGUCCCACCAAAGCCCCCUCCCGCUCGCACCCCGUCUCCGACUCCUGUCGCCGCCCCUCCCGUCACCCCUCCGCCUACCGCCUCCUUCCCAACAAAACUGGUGAUAAAACAGGGCGGCGGCGGGGCAUCGGUGUCGUGGUCCAGUAGCUGCGCCCCUCCUCCAGGGGGAGCUGAAGCGGUCAACACAAACCCCGUUUUCACACGCGUACACACAGCCUCAUCAUUGUUCUCCUCCUCAAACUCAAAAAUGGACGACGAUGAUGAUGACGAGCUUCCGCAGAGGGUCAGCAAGCCGCCCAUCAAGACCUACGAGGCGCGGAGGAGGAUCGGCCUGAAGCUUAAAAUCAAGCAGGACCAAACGGGUUUUGGUAAGGUGGUCCACAACACGGCUUUAGACCCCGUACACACAUCUCAGCCGAACAAAUCCCAACCCUCCCCCGCCCCCACACCCGUCGAGGGCUCUCAAACCCAGUCACCCGUACCGGCACCCACGCAGUCCUCGCCCUCCACACAAAUGAACGGCACUCUGGAGCACCAUGUACCGGCCCCCGCCAACACCGCCCCCUCGCAGACCACCUGCCGCCUCCCUCUCCGAAAGACUUACCGCGAAAACGUCAGCCCCCGGGUCAGGCCGGGCGUCCCCGGGGGCGGCGGGGACGACGACUCGGCGCCCUACCCGGCCCCAGUGCACGAGAGGACGGUCAUAGCCAGCGUGAAGGUAGAAAAACUGAGCCGGGACCCCGUUGACGAGGUGUUCAAACACGCCGUCAAGGGGUCGAAGGGGAGCGGGGACGAUUGCUCGGAGCAGGGCGACUUCCCCAAAUACAAGAGGACCGGUGGGAAAACAAAACAGCGGCAAGCGGGGACUUUUCGCAUGGACCAGCACGCGCCGGGGCCCCCUUCGCCGGACUUCGCCUCGCUCCCCGCCAAGCGCUGCAAGUCGGACUCGCCCGACAUGGACAACGCCAGCUUCUCUAGCGGCAGCCCCCCCGACGACUCCCUCAACCAGCAUUUGCAAUGCGCCAUCGACAGCAUCCUCAACCUACAGCAGGAGCCCGCGCCCCGUGGGCACCAGCACAAGGGCGGCAACGGCCGGACGCGACCGAGACCCUCGGCGCCGCCGCCCUCGUCGUCUUCCUCCGCAUCGUCCGCCGCUUCCUCGCUGGCCCAGCACGCUCAGGUCAGUGGCCGGGGCCACAAUGGCAGCCUGGUUCCGCAGACUCAGAGUAGAUAACGGCCCCCCCGGCCCCCCGGACUUACAGGGGGAGGGGGGCGCCCGAGGGAAUAGCGAGAGAGGAACGACGACUCUGCCAAGUUUUGUCUGCUGUCGUGUUUUUGUCGUCUUCUCCUUCUGUUGUCACAUGACACUGCCCCCCCUCCCCCCAUAAACUCCGCCCCCUGCACAUUCCAUUUUGGUCUUCCUAAAGCAGUGUUUCGUAACCAUUACUGAGCCAAGGCACAUAUUUUCAUACUCGCACAGCACACUACCGAACAAAAUAUCACAAAAAUCCGCGUUUCACCGGAUCAACCCUAAACUUAACAGGUCAACUUUGAACUUCUCCUAACAUUUGAAUGUCCAAAUGUUAAACUCACUGGCUGCCAUUGGCGGCAAUAGACGUUCAAUUUGUUUAAGGGGGCACUACAUCAAAAACAGAAAAUGAACAAUGAAAAUCAUUUCAAUUCAUAAAAAUCCCAGAGAACCAUAGGCAUGGUUCUAAAGAUCUUAGCAAUACAAUGUUUUACAGUUUAAUACAUUGUGGUUACCAUGGUAACCAAAAUUAAAUGUAAUUGGUUAACCCCCCUAAAAUGCUUGCUUCUGUGUUAAAUUAUGGGGAAUUUUGUUUUCAUAUUUCAACUAACAAUAACUGCGCCUCGGAUAUUUGGUCGAUAGAAACAACUCAAACAUUUUUAUUUAGGGAUGUCCCAAUCACAUGUUUUUGCACUUGAAUCCGAGUCACCUAAUCUUGAGGGUUUGCCGAUAACAAAUCCCAAACCGAUACCUCGGCAAUGUAUUCAGCAGGGGGAAAAAGCACACUGAAAUUUAAUUUAUGAAGUUUAGCACAACAGUGAAUUAAACAAAGUUUAAAAAAAAAAAAAAAAACGUAAUUUUUUAAAAUAUAGAAUAUUUUAUGGAAUAUUCUUUCAAAGAGGUAAAUAAUAUAUUGGAAAUUCCACUUAUUGCAUAACUACCAAAAUAUAUUAAAAGAUCAAUCAGUCAAUUUUACUUGGUUCAAGAAAACUGAAGCACUUAAUUCCAACGCUAAAGAUGAAACAUUAAUACAUUUUAAAAGCUUUUUUUUUUUUUUCCCGCAAAAAAAAAAAAGUUUAGUGUAUUUUUCAAUGUAAAGUUACAGAAUAUUGAAGAUAACAAUGGAAACUCAAAUUUGUGGUAAAAUUACCGAGCAAAAUUAGUGAACAAAAACUUUUACGGCUUCUUAUUUUUUUGUAUAAAAGCUACAGAACAUUGAAGAUAAAAAUCUAAAGUGUCAGAAUUUCAUCUUGAAGUAAAACCAAAAUGGAAAGAAAAUAGUUUUUUUUUUUUUUUUUUUUUAAUUUAACAUCGAAGCUAAGAACCAAUAUAGUCAAAAUUGGCUAGCUAGCUAAUUUGUCAAUUUGAAGGAGGCCUAAAAACAAAAUUUGAAAUCUUAUUUUUUGUGUAGUACUCCCUUUAACUUAAAAUAAUAACUUAAAAUAAUGUCAAAAUAUAUAGCAAAAAAUCAAAAUUUGCAAAGGUAGUAAACUUUGAAGAUAAGAACCUAAACUUUCAAUUUAGCUAGCUAGCUAGUUAAAUUGUCAAUUUGAAGUAGGCCUAAAAACAAAAUAAAAAUCUUAUUAUUUGGGUAUUACACCCUCUAACUAUCUAAAUAACCCCAAAAUAUGUAGCAAAAGUAGCUAGCAAAAUUUGCGAAGGCACUGAACUUCGAAGUUAAGAACCUAAACUUGAAAAAAUAACUAGCCAGCUAGCUAAAUUGUCAAUUCGAAGUAGGCCUAAAAACAAAAUUUGAAAAAAAAUCAUUUUUGUGUAUUACACCCUUUAACUUGAAAUAACCCAAAAUUAUAGCAAAAAUAGCAAAAUUUGCAAAGGCACUGAACUUCGAAGUUAAGAACCUAAACUUUAAAAAAUAACUAGCUAGCUAGCUAAAUUGUCCAUUCGAAGUAGGCCUAAAAACAAAAUUUAAAAAAAUAAUAAUCAUUUUUGUGUGUACACCCUUAAACCUGGGGGGGAAAAAAAAAAAAAAAAAACUCAAAAUAUGUAGCAAAAAUACCUAGCUAAAUUUGCAAAGGCACUGAACUUUGAAGAUAAGAACCUACAUUUUCCAAAUUAGGUAGCUAGCUAGCUAGCUAAAUUGUCAAUUUGAAGUAGGCCUAAAACCAAAAUUUAAAAAUAACAUCUUUUUAAACAUCUUAUAACCUAAAAAUAUAUAGCAAAAAUAGCUAGCAAAAUUUUGCAAAGGUUACUGAACUUCGAAGUUAAGAACCUAAACUUUCAAAAUUAGCUAGCUGGCUAAAUUGUCAAUUUGAGGUACGCCUAAAAACAAAAACAAAAAAAACAUUUUUGGUUUAGUGGUGGAAGUAACGCCUGUCAUUUUUUAUAAGUAAAAUUAGCAAGCAAACUUGCUAAAUUUGUGAACAAAAACAAUUUUGACUAUUUUUAUCUAAUUAUUUUUGUCUUAAGCUAAACAUUGAAGAUAAGAACCCAAACUGUCCAAUUGCGUAACAAAAUUAGCUAGCUAUUUAGCCAAACCGUCACUCGAGUUGGGGGGGGUGGGGGGGGGUCUAUUUUUGGUGUACUGCUCCCUUAAACUGGAAGGGCUAACAGUUAAUCAUGUUUCACUGCCAUUUAUGGGGAAUUUGAUUGCUAGCCCCUACCAAUCAAAAUAGAUUGGACGCCUAUCCUCGUCAAUGUAGACUAAGGAGUCCAUAAUAUCCUUCUUCAACUGGGAUUGGUAAAUGGCGUUUUCACAUUUUAAUCUCAUUAAACUCCACUCACAAACCAGUAAAUUAUCUCAGCCAGCAGGGGGCAGGCCAAGCACACCCAUUCAUUCUUGAACAGUCAACUUCAUCCUUUCCUCUCCAUGUUUUUGUUUUGUUUUGUUUUUCCAAUGUAAACCUGGCAGGCAAAAGUCCACCUGAAACGCAGCACAAGCGGGCGGCAGCGAGGAAUAAAAGGAACAAUAAUAAUGUACAAAAAAAGAGCGCAAGAGAAUUUGAAGUAUAGUAUUACAGAUUAAUUUUGUAUUGUAUUUAUUGUGUAUAAGGAUACUUUUUAAAAAAGAAAUGUACAUUUAGUAAAAGUGUAAAUUAAACCUUGCUUCUUUUAUGAAUUGUGGAGUCAUUUUUUAUGUGAUGUGAAACGUCUGAUUGUUAUUGUUGAGCUUAGCAUUAGCUACAAAAGAACACAAUAGCGCAUGUUGGACUGAAUAGUUUUUUUUUUUUUUUCAUGGAACAAAACUUUUUAAAAGACAUUUUGGAUGCUAUAGAUGUCAAUUUGAAGGUUUUGGGUUAAAUCUCCCAUUUUUUUUAAACAAUAUUAAUAAUGACACAUUUUAAUGUACCAUUUUAAAGUAAAUUAAUGCAACAAAUUUACAGGGUGAUAAAUUCUGAAAUUAUGAUGGGCCUGAUUGAAAUGCCUGAAUC